AGUUGAGAUAGUUUCAGAUUUUGUAUAUAUAGUUCACAACAAACAAUAAAAUGUGUAUUCACACAAUUUGAGAAGAGAAAGAAGAUAUAUAGUUUUAUCAGAAUAUGGCAUGCAUUGACAGAGCAUCUCCAUCUCUGAAGCAUUUACUACUCAAGUUGUAUCGUGCAGAGAAGUCCAUUGAAAUUGAUCAUCACUUAUACGAAUUUGGAUCAGUGGAAUAUCAUAUUCAGUCUAAAGUCUCUAAUCCGCUAGUGGCCUACUUGUCAAUAUCAAUCCCUCCUCUUUGCCAUGGAGUCCUAUCAAAUAACCUUUCUCCACACACCAUCGAAAAGGUAAAGGGAAUUUGUCCUAAUCUUGUGGAGAUUACAGAACCUACCAAAGAAGGAUAUCAGCUUACUCUAAAGCUUAACCUCAAUCAGAUUCCUAGAACCAAAGACUAUAUCAAGGUCAUUGAAGAUAUUUCCACAGUUCAAUCAGUAAUUUUGAGUUCACAGCUGAAAGAAAUAUUGUGGAAUGUGAAUUCUGAUGAUGCAGCUCAAGGGAUGUACAAACCUAUCAAACUAGUUUAUAAUCCAAGAGAACCCUUCUUUGUCAUCAAGCAGCCACAAAGAAUCAUAGCAGUAUUCCCAAUUCGUUUCCGAGAGAAGUCAGACGUCAUUAUCGCAACAACUUUCUUUCAGGAGCUCAUGGAUGUUGGAAAUUCAGAUAAAUGGACAAAGGCACCACCUUGCACCUGGUCAGCCAUUCCUCCACCAGAGUUGAGAGGAGAAGCUUUUGAGGAUUUGAGUACCAAUGGAGGGUUUGUCUCUUUUGAUAUCUCUUCUCGGCAUGUUGAAGGCAAUAGGUUAGACAAAACUGUCUGGAAUCUAUUAAAUUUUAAUGCCUAUGUUAGAUACCAUGUAAAGAGUACCAAAGGUUUCAUUCAAAGAAGGAUGAGGAAACGUUUGGAAGAUUUGGCUGAGGUUCUUCACCAAACAAACUCAGAAGAAAAUGAGCAAACCAAAGAAGUGAAACAACAUGAAGGAUGUAGGUAUACCAAUAAACUAGUCAGAUCAUCAAAACACACCAUGAAACAAAGAUGGUGCACCUUGGGAAGAAAAAUAAAGAGGAUUCAUUUCCGACUUAAAAUUCCUGGAUUUGCACGAUUUCGUCAACGUUGGUUGAGGUUCCCAAAAUUUUCUUCAAAAAAAUAUACAAAAUUGGAGUAGAUAUUUUUGCAGUCAUGAUUGAUUGAUUUCUUAUGGUAUAUACCUGGAAGAUCUUCAGUGCACUAUUUGCUCAAGUGUAUUAUAUAUUGUGUAUAAUUAUAAAAUUUUAUCUGACUUUAAACUACUAGAUUGUAAACAAAAGAGAGGAUAUUAAUUUUUAAAGACAAUACAUAGUUUAAGAUUAACAUUAAUGUCGGGAUAUCAUUAUGAAGUUUUAUGCUGAAAUAUUCCACAAAAGAUUAGAGGAAUCCCCUCAAGAGGUUAAUAAUUAUACUAUGUUUGUUUGGUUUGAUUAUUCAGAAUGUGUAUGUCUGAAGAGUGAAAUGCUAUAACAAGUCUAUUACCUCACUUUUU